CAUGGCGUUGAUUUUCACGCGAAUACGUCCAGUGUUGUUGGCAAAUAUCAGCAAAAGCGUUUUAACGCGCAGUUUUUCGAGUGUUUUACUUGAACAGCGUCGAAGAUGUGUUUUCGCCGGAUCGAAUGGAGUACAAAUCGCCGGAUGCCUUUCCUUCUGCACGGAUGGAAAGGACUUGAAAAAGCAGCCCCGGCCCAAGACCGUGCCGAAACCUUUAGUGACUUUGCUCGGCCCCGAGAAGAACACCAUGAACGUCAUGUUGUUGGAAGAGGCGGAGAGAAUCGCGAAAAGGCGCAACCUGAAGCUUGAGAAGGUCAGCGACCCCGACGGCAAGAGCCACAGGGCUACCUACAGACUGCUGUCUCAUGGGUCCAGUUUCCAGAGUCACACCUAUGGCACGGAAACCAAAGUCAUCAACAAGCAACUGGACCAUAAAGAAAAGCAGAUGGCGAUGAAUGCAAAAAUUGGUUUUCAUGAUUUGGAAUCGAAAAUCAAGCAAGCAAUCAAAUGGACUGAAAAGCAAGCAGAGACUCGGGUCACAAUAACAGGAGACGAGGAUGGGACUGAAAAAGUCUUCCAAACUUUCGUAAAGGGCUUGGCCAGUACGGGUGCGAGAUUCCUGCAGAAAAGGUUCAAAGGUGGCAACUUGAAGUUCACCAUUGCCCCUUCGAAGGAAUCUGCAAAAAGAGCAGACAGCAGCAUCGAGGAUAAUAUCAAGACUGCAGAAUAAAUCAAGGUCUCACCGGUAAAAAGGGUCUCUUGAUGGGUUUUUCCGUGGACGGUUUUUCCGAAGUGGAUGACUUUUCUCCAUCCGCCUCGCUGUUGGAAGGGAACGGCUUUCUUUGCGUGUCGCCGCCGUAAGGUUUCCUCCUGACGUUGACCGGCCGCCUUUUAAUAACAGAAGUGCCUUCCGUUGAGCCAACAGCUGCUGGACUCUGAAAGUGACAUAAUGAUUUUUGUGUCAUUCACUGAGGCUUAAUUGCCGUGCAUCAUUAUUAUUAAAUAUCAAAAUGCAUGCUCAUAUAACAUGCCGUAACCGCAGAAACAGGAAAGGAAACUAUGCCGUGCACACUCAUAAAAAAUCGUCCUGAAAUCCUGCUUCCGAAAACCUAAAAAAUGUAGACUGCAAAUUAAAUUUAUUGUGUUAAGGUUAAAGAUAAAAUAAUUGCAUUUCUGUGUAAUUUUUUUCCAAAACCUCUAAAUUUUCCACGAUUUCAGCAUUAGU